AUGUUACUGGGCAGAGGAGGGAAGCUGAGUACAUGGAGGACAUACAGACUCCAUGUCGGUACCUUUUCUGGCGGAGAUGGAAACCAGGACAACAUCGUUGCAAACCCACCAUGCUGUCUACCAAUCCACCGAGAUGAGCUCAGCGAAGCUGCCCCUCUACAAUCGGCUACCGUGAUGGAGUUUGUUGAAAUUCUAGCUAUGAACGACAAUGCGUUUGAUGAUCAGUACGAAGGCUGCACAGAAGAGAUGGAAAACAAUAUAACCGAACUACUUAUUAGGGAAAAAGCAGCUAACCAAGAAUUCGGUAGAACUUGGGAUGCGGCAGAAAAGAAAUGGAACUCAGAGAAACCGAGCGUUCCGAGUGGCUUUCGGGAUGAGUACGGCAUUGCCAUCAUGGCAUACACCAACAUCAGCAGCAGUCUUUAUUCCAACUUCAACAGCGCGGUGAGAAAUUAUAGCGGCCGGGACACGUUCCCCUACCAUUCUCUGCACUUCCUGAUGACACGAGGUGUAGUGCUACUGAGGCCGAGCUGUUGGUGGUCGACAUGGUCGGUAUACAGAGGGAUGAGCAACACGCAUUUGAAACCUGAAGCGAUCGGGGCAGAGGUCAGAUUCGGCCAGUUUUACUCUUCAUCCACCAGUAAAAAAGUAUCGGAGGGCUUUGGGAAUGACACGUUCUUCACCUUCACCAGCUGCUUCGGUGUGAAAAUCAAAACAUAUUCCUUAGUGCCAGAUCAAGAAGAGGUCCUGAUACCGGUUGAUGAGGUUUUCCAAGUGACCAACUUCACAGAGGUGGCCGGUAAAGGCACAUUUGUCCUUAAAACGACAAAAAGAAGAUGUCACUUCUACAACUGUGACUACAUCAGGCCCGGAGGGAAAUCCAGUACAUGUGUGCCCAGCAGAGGGACCCGGAUAUUUUCAUCCCUGGUUGUGAUCGCUCUUCUGCUCUGUCAGUUCAUCAUCUUUAACUGA